GCCGACAAAAUCCCCUCACUGCUAAGCCAAGAAGCGAGUUUGGCUUUCUGUGCAGAUUGCAACCGGGCUGAAGGAAAUUCGUUCAUGUCUAUGAUUUUUGAAGGAUAAUAAACAAUCAUCAUCGCCUUCUCUCCACAGCUGUGAAGUAAGUGGUGAUAACAACGUCUCGAAAAGGUCCGAUGUAAACGCGUGGAGCUGCUUGCCUGCUCGGCGAAGCUAAGAGACUCUGUUUGGCCAUUGAGAGGUGGCUAAUGUAGCUUUGUUUAUUUGUGACAUGGCGGUGGUUUUCUCGUUUGUUUCGUAGCUUGUUGCGAGUUCCUUUUAGUUUUGGCGGUGGUGAUCCACUCCUUCUCUGAAUAAACAAUUCCUUGAGUCGGCUAAGGUAACAGACGAACGCAAAUCAUAACUUAGCGCUUUGUGUUAGCUCGCACGCUAACGCUAGCUAUCUGUCAUUUGCGACCUGUUGUGUCCCAAAGCGGUCAUUGAAAGUUAGCAUUAGCAUUAGCUUCUUACCCUUCCAAGUGCCUGCACCGUCUGUCAGCCGCAACCUGUUGGAUGAAAGACGGGGGACUUCAACCUCGUAAUGUUCAACCCACACAUCCACCACCACCAGCAGCAGCAGCAACAGCAGUUCCACCAACACCUGCGGCAGCUACAGCAACUUUUCCAGCACCAGCAGCCUCCUCCUCCACCGCCUCCACCACCACCGCCGCCACCUCCUCCAUCACAGCCGGCCCCAGCUCAUCUUGUCGGCCAUCACCACCACCAGACACAGCGGGGCAUCCCUGUGCCUCCACAGACAGCCGCCCCUCCCAGGAUGGUCAACCUGUGCCAGGCAACCCAGACUACCCUCAUCAGCCCCAAUCCCAUGCUGCAGGGAGCCUUACUGAUGCAACAGAUGCAGAGUAACAUGCGGGGCUUCGGGAUGGUUGGACAGCAGUUCCGUCAGUUCUUUACUGCGACAAACAGGUCGUCCCUACUGGGGCCAGUUCCGAUGGGGAUGGCCAUCAAGUCCCCCCUCAUGGGUUUCCCUGCGGCUGCUGCUCGGCCCUUCCACCCUCACCCUCGCUACUACAGUAACGCAGCUGCCACCAGCACAGCAUCCACCCCCUCCUCUACCACCACCAGCACGGAGGCUGGCGCUCACCAGCAGGACAGGAAGAGAGACGGCGAGGAGAUGGCAGGCAAAAUUAUAGAUGACCUUCCAGCAGCUAGCAAGGCUGAUGACACUGAAACAGAUGUUCCUGAGGGAUUGGUGGAAGGCUCCACACAGAACUUUGAGGAACAGCUUGAAGAGCCUGCAGGGAAGAGGCAGAGGAUGGAGAUGGACAUGUCAGAGGAGCCCCAAGAGCAGCAUGUUGGCACCGAAGCAGAAGGCGACGUUCUCUCAUCAGAGGGUAACACAGAAGGCAGACAGGCCGAAGACUGCACCCAUCUAGAUGAAGGAGGCCCUACAGAUGCUGUUGAGGGUCUGGAGGAGAGCCAUGCCACUGAGGUGUACAGCUGCUCUAGAAUGCAGGCUGAGGACAGAAAUGACCCAGUGGCAUCAUCGGACAAACAAGAAGUAGAGGCAAGUGUUGCAGAGGGCGCCAACAAGUUCUACUGCUACCUCUGCACCAUCACCUGCCACAGUCAGGAAAACUUCCGGAGUCAUAUGAACAGCAUUUCCCACCAGCAGAGGAUGAUGGAGAUUCAGCAUAUGAGCAACGCCUGCCUGGUCACCCUGCUGCCACGAGUGCACGAGUCUCUACAGGGGACCAGCAAAGACAAUGAGAAGAAAGCAGACACGCAGCGUUGGUGUGCCACCUGUCGCUCUCACUACUCCACCACCAUCAGUGACCAUCGACGCACUGAAGAGCACAAACUUGCAAAUAGAGCAGCUGUCUCAUCCUGCACCGUCUGCAAGAAACUCUUCAGGACAUCAAAGCUAUUUGUGGCGCACUUACAGUCCCAGGAACACCGGCAGGGAUUAAAAAAUCUUCAGGAAAAGGAGGGCUCUGACACUGCAUCCAAGCCGACAGAUUUGGAUGGCUUUCAGUUUGAGGAAGAGGAGGAGAAGGACAGUGAGGACAUGCAGGACUGGAAUGAAGAAGACUCCCUCGAUAACCAGGAUGACUGGAGCUCGCGCAGAGAGGUGACCCUGAAGGACAUGACCAGUGAUGAGCAGUUUGAUCCAGACACUCUUUAUGGGUCAAGCUUCUUCGUGCCAGUGGCCGGUUUCAUCUGCAAAAUCUGCAAAGAGUUCUACCAUUUCGACUCCCCUGCUUUGCACACGCACUGCAAGUCUCUGAAGCACUUUGAGAACCUCAAGAGACAUAAAGAAAAGUGUGACGCUGGUGGAUCCCCUGCUGACAACAACCACAGGUCUUUAACAGAAGCUACCGCAGACUGCCCGGAAGGAAACUCCCCCUCCAGUGAUGCAGGGUUCGCAACAAACAUGAAAAGUGCAGAACACCAGCACCAGGACAAAGCAGAAGAACAUGGACCAACCAUCAGUGGUAGCACCGAGCUCAAUGAGCCCACAGAGGACACCAAUGAAGAGGAAGGAGAGGAGCUGGACGCUACCGCUUUACCAGGGAAGAACAACAACACAGGGUCGCCGAACACCAGACGCCGGUCCAGAAGGGCCGUAAAGAGACACUGAGGGACAGAUGAGACGUGAUGUGUGUGUGUGUUUGUGCAAUGAGGUGCUGCAUGGACCCUGAAGUGACCACCCUCUUAGUCUAUAUGCCGUUUAAAUAUACAAUCCAUUGCACGUAUGGUGUAAGAAGAAUCAGUUCCAGGCUUUGGCGGACCCAGAAAUUGGCACGCCGAGCUUCAUAUGGGCCACGGGCCUGGGGUUUGACACCAGUGUUGUAGAUGGUGAACUAUGAUGGAGCGCACAAAUACGCAGUCAACUUCAGUGAGUCAAAUCAGCCAACUCCGAAUGAGACAGUAUUUAUUCAUGAUGAAGUUCCUUUAAUAGAGUUGAACUCCAAGAUUUCAAAUCAAAGGCAACCUUAUUUGUAGUUAAUUGUUAUAUUUUUUCAUGUGGUCACCGCCCAACAAAAAGGAUGUACUGUAUCUUCAAAUUUCCAGGUUUGUUUUUUAUUUUUUUAUUCGAAACACAAAAUUUGUGGAAAUAAACAGCAAAAAGCAUGUAUGUCCACAUGUUUGGAAGUUGUUUUUUUACAUUUUUUUUAUCAGAAGAACAAAAAUUGUCAUAAAAGUUGGACAUACGUGCUUUUUGUUGUUCAUUUUCCAAUAGUCCUAUAUCUCCAAAAUUCCAAAUUUGUUCUUUGUUUUUAUCCAAAACACAAAGAAACCCUAUUUUUGUUUGUUUUGGUGUUCAGAUUUUUUAAUUUUAAUUUUAGUUUUUUUUUUUUAUUAUUUAAAUUAUGUUUGUUUUUUUACAUACUUUUUUUCAAAUCAGAUUGUUGCUGUGCUAUUUUCUCAGCAAAAAACAUGUAUCUCCAAAUUUAAUAAAUGUUUUUUUAUUAUUAUUAUUAUUAUCCAAAAUACACGUCAAGAUUUGUUGUUUUUCAAGUCCUUUUUUUUUUUUUUUUGAUAAGUACCGGUACAUGCUUUUUGUUAAUUUCUCAUGUGGUUGCUGUCCAAACAAAAAGCAUGUAUCUCCAAAUUUAAUUUAGUUUAAUUUAAUCCAAAAUACAAACAAAGAUUAUAUUUGUUGUUUUUCCACACACAAUUUUUUUAUUAUUAUUACAAAAUUUGGAGAGUCAUGCUUUGUGUUGUUUAUUUUCUCAUGUGGCCGCUGUCUAUUUCCAAAUUCUAUGUUUAUUUCCGGCCUCACAGUGUUCUAGUGGUUAGCAUGUUGGCCACACAGUCACAGUCAGGAGAUCGGGAAGACCUGGCUUGUUUGUCUAGGUUGUUUGUCUAUAUGUGCCCUGCGAUUGGCAGGCGACUAGUCCAGGGUGUAACCCGCCUGUCGCCCAAAGUCAGCUGGUAUAGGCUCCAGCACACCUCCGCGACCCUAAUUAGGAGAAGCGGUAUAGAAAAUGGAUGGGUGGAUGUUUAUUUCCAUUUUGUAUUUUAAUCAAAACACAAAACAUAUACUUUCAGAUAAAAACAACAAAAAAAAUGGGGAUACAGACCUCGUUUGUUGUACGAUUACAACAUGAGGAAAGCACACUGCAUUUGGAAGUAUUGCGAUCAGCACAGGCUCUUGUAAACCCAUGCUGCUUUACGUGCACAAUAUAAUUAUGUGGAGCCCAAGUAGCACACUGAAAUAUGUGAUGUAUACACAUAUGCAGUAGUGCUAAGAGCAGGUCACAGCAUCAUUUCUUUUAAGUGUUAUCACAAGUCAAAUUGUGACUUUGGUGUGAGCUCCACUGAAUGCGACAUGGCUCAGGAGGUUUAGGGCAUUUCUUGAAAGGGGGCAGGGUGAUGUUUGACUUAAAAGGAUGUCAAUCACAUGUCCACACCGCACUUGGAAAAACACAGUCUUGAAUUGUUGACAAUAGUUCUUUGAAAGCUUGUCCUUUACAGCAGGUUUAUGCCGCUCGCAAGACUGCUGUUAAAAUCUUUUGUCCGGACCACCAGGAGUGUUUGAUCAGUGAAUUGUGAUGUCACUUUCUUCGUGGAUGUGAUAUUUGAUGGAGGAAAAAGCUUGAAGUAGCUUCUUAAAGCCGUUUAUUUCUUCACUGCAGCAAGUUAGCUUAUCUUGCAUUGUCGCCGUCAACACAUUUCAUCCUUAUUAGUUGUUUGCUCACAUGUAGCAAAGCUUGUCACCAUUAGCGCAUUUCCUUUUUUUAGUUUUAAUAGUGUCUGCAGGGAGCCAGUUGAGAUCUUAAAACUAUACAAUGUAGCUCUGAAGUUUCUUUUUAUUGUAUUUUUAUUCAGCUACUGACAAAAUUGAAAUCAAGACACGUGGUGUUUUCUAAAAUGCUGGAAGUUUAAUGUAUUUUUGGAUGUUUCGUUUCUGUUUUCCUGCAACGGGGUGGGUCAUUUUAAUUUGUAUUAAAAUGUCUGACAAUUUCCACUGCAAACAGUCACUUUUUGGACAGCUGGAUUGCAUUUCUUAACCCACCAGGGUAUAUAAAUAAACAUUACAACACUGAACAUAGCUACAGUU